ACAAUGCCUGCUACUUCGUCUGCGCAAAUUGAACAGAACAUCGAAAUAUUCGUCGAGAACUUCCGGAAAGGAAUGUACAGUCAGCAGUUGAGUGCGGAGUCACAAAGUUCAGGCGAUACUGUGAUAGGUGGCACCACCGUGAAAUCCCGCUGUUCAAGUUCGGACACGUCGGAGGGCGCUGCGCCAUCGGAAGUGUCCGACUGCAAGUAUGACACGUGCUCAUCUGAGUGGCAUUGUGACAGCAGCAGCUUUGCAUCGUCCAGUGGCGACUACUGGGAAACAAGUGAAACAGAUGACCUGAUUAUGGAUGAGAAUGGAUGUAACUUGAGCAUAUGCGAUGUAUCCGACCUUCUACAGGCACGCUACGCCUUCAUAUCAGGUGGAAAAGCGCGCAAUGGAUCGCCGAUCAUUACGUUUCCGGACGUGCAGAACUUCUGCAAUAUCUCUGAGGCAGACUACCAGAAGUUAGUGACGUAUCUCACCAGCGUCUGCACAUCACUCAGAGUGCAAGAUGCAGACUUGGGAUUCGUCUUGGUCAUUGACAGAAGGAAUGACAAGUGGAGUGCAGUGCGGGCGGCGCUGCUCAAGAUAUCGAUGUUUUUUCCGGGACUCAUCCAGCUCGUGUUUGUCGUCCGGCCUGCAGGAUUCUUCCAGAAGGCCAUCUCGGAAGUGGGAUACAAGUUUGUGAAGGACGAGUACAAAUUCCGGGUGAUUAUGUGCACUAGCAUUGAGGAACUGCAGGACUAUGUGGACCGAGAUCAGCUAACCGAAGACUUGGGAGGUUACAUCAUUUACAACCACAAUGUUUGGAUAGAGCACCGAUCUGCAAUUGAGAAGUUUUCGGCGAACACGCAGAUCAUCUCUCACUCGCUGCGAGAGCUCGCGAACAAGCUGACGGAGACGGAACUUCCGAACGAUGUCGAGUCGACAGAGGCGUUGCUGCUGGCACAGGGUAACCAACGGGAUGACAUUAAGGACGACCUGACGAGUGCUAUGAGACACGGGGAAACCUUGUUGAAGUGUCUACGGCGGCCUUUGUCGCAGGGAGACGGACGCGGCUCGUACCCAGACAAGUUGACUAACAUAGCUGCUCUGGAUAGGUUGCUGGUGCAGCUGGAGGAGACAGAGAGGGUGUUUGACAGCUUCUGGCAGAAGCACGAGCUGAAGCUGCAACAGUGCCUGCAGCUGAGGAAGUUUGAGCAGGAGUUCCGAGUGCUCUCUGGACAGUUGGUGAAGGCCGAGGCGGGACUGACCACUAUGACGGACACGGGCGUAUCGGUCAUGUGCUGCGACGAGCUGCUGACUGACCUCAAGAAGCUAGAAGCCAACGUUAAGGAGACGUUGCAGAAGGCGGAGAAGUUGGAGAGCGGCGGGGAGUAUCUCAUACAGAACGACCACUAUGCCGUCGACAGCAUACGACCCAAGUGCGCCGAGCUGCGCUGCAUGCGACACUCUCUCGAGCGCCACCUGGAAAGGAGGUUUGAAAUGCUGCAGAAGUCCCGCGAUCUUCACGAACGCAUCGAGAAGGCUAACAAGUGGUGCACGCGUGGCAUAGACCUGCUCGCGACGCAGCAGCUGGAGCGCUGCCACACGGCCGACGCGUGCGAGGUCGGCAUACGACAGCUCGAAGAGUUCAUGAACUCCGCCUACGACAUCCGGCUGAACAACCCGAAGGAGUUCCACACGGUGUUCGAGAACAUCGUCACGUCCGAGACGAAGGCGCUCGUGCAGCAGGUGUUGAAGAGGAUCGAGGACGUGCAGGUGAUGCUGGAGAAGAGGAAGAGAAGCCUGAAGAAGGUCGUCGAGCGGCCGACGCGCGCCGUCCAGCCCGUCAUGCCUGAGCCCGCCGCCGCUGCGCCCGUCCACGAGCCACGCGGCCGCCAGGGGGCGACGCCCGCCGAUGGCGAGGUGAAGCGGCGGUGGCACGGUAAAAAGUCGCGCAACCACCCGAAGAUGCAGAUUGAGGUCGUACGCAGGUCAGCGGGAUCCGACGACAGCGGGUUUGUGCCGGAAGCGGAAUCAGAGAAUUCCUCCACGACGAGUGAAACGGACAGCUUGCAUGCCAAACGAGGGCUUGUGAUGAGGGAGCUGUUUGAGACAGAAAGAGCAUAUGUUGCUGAGCUGAAAAGCAUCAUUGAGGGAUAUGUACAGCAGAUGGAGAAUCCAGAGUGGCAGGACCUCAUCCCUGUGUCACUGAUAGGCAAGGCAGAGACCUUGUUCGGAAACCUGGAGGAACUCUACCAGUUCCACAACGAUGUGUUUCUGAAAGACCUGGAGCAAUGUGUGAGCAAUCCUUCACUGGUUGGUCAGUGCUUUGUUGCCAGGAAAGAAGAUUUCCACGAUCGAUACAGCGUCUACUGUCAGAAUAAACUCUACUCAGAAACACUGCGAAGAAAAUGUGGGGACAACAAUGCAUUCUUCAAGGAGUGUCAGAAGAGAUUGGGUCAUCGACUGCCACUCGGUGCAUAUCUACUCAAACCGGUGCAGAGAAUCACAAAGUACCAGUUGCUAUUGAAGGAGAUGUUGCGGUACACAGACAACGAGGAUGGCAACUGUGACAUUCAGGAGGCUCUACAUGCGAUGCUAGGAGUCCUCAAAUAUGUCAAUGACAUCAUGCAUCAGGCAGCCAUCACCGGAUUCUGCGGGAAUCUGUCGGAGUUGGGGCGGCUGCUGAUGCAGGCCUCGUUCAACAUCUGGACGGAGCACAAGAAGGACCGCAUCAGUGCGCUGCGCUUCAAGCCGAUGCUGCGGCACAUGUUCCUCUACGAGAACGCGAUCCUGUUCUGUAAGAAGCGCGAGGGGCUGCGUGACGCACAGAAGUCUGGCUACUGCUUCAAGCACGCUAUGGAGAUGUCUGAGAUUGGCCUGACUGAGAACUUCAAGGGUGACAAGGGAGACAAGAGCAAGUUUGAGGUGUGGACGCACAACAGAGCCGAGGUUUACACCAUCCAGGCAGACACUGCAGAGAUUAAGGAGGUGUGGGUGACUGAAAUAAAGAAUCUCCUCCUACGCCAAUUCAAUGCCAUUAAAGGUGAAGCAGCCAUGCAGCAUGUCCAGAAAAAGGCAGAGGGAGCCACGCUGCACAGCAGCUCUAGCAUCGGACAGAAGCUGUCUGACUCCGGCCAUCGUCAGGCGAACCAUCGCUUGCUGACGAAGGCGAAGACCUGGGGUCACCUUCAGCGACCCGCAAACCCAUUCCUCACCCUCGGCGUCGGCAACAUGGCGGCGAGCGAGGCGCCAACAAUGCCGGCCUUCCUCAACGAGGACGAGACCGAGGAGGAUGAGGGCUGGAGCACCGACGACCACUCGGGGAACUCGGACGAGCCAGAGCCGCAGUGUCUGUCGAACAGGAGCUCGCAGGGCGAGAGCCUGCCGCUGUACGUCGCACUGGCUGACUACAUGGCGAUCGACUUUGGAGAGCUUUCAAUGACGGAGGGCGAGAUGGUGGAAGUGGUCAAGCUGAGCGAAGAUGGCUGGUGGUUUGUGAGGUCGCUGGCGGGUCAGUCGGGCUGGGCGCCAGGCAGCUAUCUUGAGCCGGUCAACAAGCGGCAUUCUCGCACGAGCACGGGGAGUAGUAUCGAUUCUGGAGGAGACAGCCUGUUGAAGUUGUGUCCCGGAGCAGCAGCUAACGUCGGAGUUGCUGGCCAGCGGACAUCUUUGUAGCGUGGCGUGUGGACGCAGAAAUGACAAUUCAUCGACCAAUAUUUAUGGCACAAUUUAUAGUGCACGAAAAAGCGUUGAAGGCAAUCCACGGAUUAAAUUCAUACAUAGACUGGUUAUAUAAGUCGUUGUUAAUCAAUCCUUAUGGAGUCAGCCUCCUACGUAGAACGACCGGUGCAUCUGUAACUCAAGAGUCUGUUGAUUUAUAGAUGGUGUCAUAGUGACCAUUCCCAAGCUAUAGGUUGCACUUGUGUCUUCGUUGUUGAGCUCAACAAUUCACGUUUGAGCUUACAAGUUAAAACAGUCGCUUGCUGUGUGUCAUUAUAUCAGUUCAGUAUGAAUUUCUAGCGUGAUGAAUGAACUUCAUGGUAGGCGGGAGUAUCGAUCAUUACAACACGCGGUGAAGCUACUGAUAUUGUUGUGUUAACCCUUUGCUUUAGCCAUUUAGGUUUCGUUGAAAUGUACUGGUUGGAGAUUUGUCUUCAAACGAGUGCGUGCUAUUACGAAAGAAUCUACGUCUAAUAUACCGAAUGUCAUGUGCCGUAUGUUAUAUGCAUGCUACUAACCUCUGGGUUAGGGUAUAAUAUAAAAGGAAUAAAUAGCCUGGAAUAGAUGUAGAUGUAAUAUGUAGGCAGACGAAAUUAUAUCUGGUACGCAGGCUUGUGAAUAACUGCGCGUGUAGUGAGUGCACAGCAUGAAUGCAGGCAUAGCAGAGCUGAUCAUGAUGUUGCAACCUGUUGCAGCAAAUGUUGAUAAUGAUGGUGAUGAUGGCGAUGAUGAUGAUGAUGAUGAUGAUGAUGAUGACACUCCGAAAGGCAGCUGUUCCUACUAGUUAACUUUUGUAAGCUGCUAUUUGCGUUAAAGAUGUGAAUUUAACUGAGUGAGCGCUGAAUUGCAGAAGAUUUUGGAAUGAGAAUGGAUUUCCUAGAGGUAGGGGCCAAAAUUUUAUAUAGAGACUUUUCUUACUGGAUUUCAAGGUCCCCAUUUAUAUAACGGUGCCAUCUGAAUGUGUUUUUAAUUCGUGACUGGCACUGUUAUGUAAGUUACCAGUAAACUAUUUUGUUUAAUCUUUAGCGUCUUCAAAUACAUGAUAGUUCUAACUACUUUGUAAAACAGAGGCCACUAUUAGAUGCUUGAUGUAAUGAAGCAGGUUGAUGUGAACGUAAAAUGUUAAUGCAAGCUAUGAAAUGUUGCAAUUUUAUCGAAUGACUAUAUGUGAUAGUUUGAUUGGAUACUGGCGCCACGAUGGUUUCCAGCAUCAGAAGUGCUUGUAUCGGCCCUGCUUGUCUAUUCUCCGUUAAGCUGGGUGUACACUUGGAAAGUCGACGAAUUGAUCAACUUUUCAACGUUCUAUCAACCUCUCUAUCAGAUGUUUUUACGUUAUCGACCACGAGUCGGCAACACGAGGGACACACCUCCUGAUUGCUGUUAUCAGAGUGACUGCAUGGCAAAAAGUUGAUCAACUCGCUGACCAUGUUCUAAUUUCUCAACUAGUUGAGCACUAAACCUUUACAUUUACACUGCCGACUUUCGGUCGAUUAAUUGAAAAAUUUAUCAACUCGUCAACUUUCUACAGAAAGUUGAUAGUGUAAACCCAGCUUUACACGUACCUUGCGUGGUGUACGUACGUACGUGGUACGUGCUUACCGACCUUUGUAGCACGCUAACAAUUAAAGCGACCGCACGUUUGAACGCGGUGAAUUCACGUUCACUAUAUGUAGCACUAGCAUUCAGAUUUGUACCGUUUUCGACCGGGGAAUACGUUAUAGAUAUGCAGUCUCGUGUUCUCUUAGAAAACCUUUCGUGUUCUCUUGGAAAAUCUAGAAAUAUUUGUGUGACGUAACGCGAACGAUGUCCCUGAGAUGUGUUGCACGCAUGCGUUAUAUAUAUACACGCUAUAUGUAGAUAUAAGUUGACUCUGAUCAGUCCGCAUGAGAUAUGGCGUAGGCGAAAAUCGCGUUUGUAAAUAUUGAGUUGCAUCAUGUACAGAGUGGCUGGGUGCUCGACGAUUUGACUGGAUAUUGCGGAAGUUUGUUUAUUGUUGUAGCUUCCAGGAUACUCGACGUUAGCGUGGCUUGGCGCGUUAUGAUGUUUGCCAUUUUAAAUUAUUCUAUUUUAUUUAUGAACUCGUGAACAUUUUUUACGCGUUAUUUAAAGAUGGCCACUUUUCGAGCACGUUUCUUUCGCAGUAUUGCCAAGAGAGUUUUUAACAUUUGUGGGAAACACAGUUGUAUGUAUAUAAUGUUAUAUAAAUUGGCUAAGUUGGUUACGUGCUUCUAGAAGCAUGCGGUCAGAACUGAUGUAUUGGAAGCUCAUUGUAGGCCUAUAAUUCAGAGAUGGCAAUUAUCUGCUGCGUUUGACACACGGCUAUAACAAUUAUUUAAAGAUCUGUGCUCCCCCAUCCACAGAGCGGGUGCUAAAUUUGCUCUAUUCCCUAUGCCGAGGCACCACCCACCCUGCUCAUCCUUCCCGUUGUUUUCCCUUCUACUCUACUUUAGGUCGAUCCCUAGCUCUUCGUAUUUUGCUACUUAAACUGGUCUCUUCUCCUAAGCUCACCACCUAUCUCUACCGCAAACCUGAAUCUGACCUGAAGUUAAAUUAGCAACGCACAUAGUGAAAUCUUUUGGCGGAAAAGAAUUUCUGAUUAUCCAUUUCCGGUAACAUCGACGACCGAAAUAAUAGAAAGCUAUUGCUGCGAACAACCGCAUAUUCAUAGCGGUAUUAUACCCCUUUACCAUGACGACAGCGAUUGGUGUACAUUUGGUGCUGUGCCGCACGUCUGCUAUUGCCUGUAAAUACCGCGCAGGUUCCUGAGUGAAAUGCAGCUAAUCACAUACGGAUGUAUUAUAAUCAUGUGAUAAAUAUAUACUACAUAUACGUAUCAUGAUAAA